AUGAGUCGGGAACACUCCUUUUCUCGAAGGCAGACACUCAAACUGUUCUGUUGCGCAAAUCAGAAAGUCCGAUCACUUUUUCGUUCCCUCUUUUCCCCCAUUCCAAGUAAGAAAUCUUAUUUGAGAGCGUUGUGCCACCAGCACGUUACCGCCGUGCUGUUUGCGGUGGUAUUUACCCGACGAUACGGCUCGCGGGGUUCGAGACGGUUUCAUUCGCUUCGUGUCAUUGUUUCCUCCGUCAUUAUCAAUGUUUCUCUCGGAUUAACACCGUACUUUCAGGCAAAAUGAACUUUGAGUUUAUGCGGACGCUGCACGGUUUCAUCAAUUUCAUCCAGGUCCUAUUCGGCUUUGCGGCUCUUUUCGCGUGCUCUUUCAUUUGGAGGGACACUGAUUUGUACUUCCAGUUCAUAUACAGAGUGAGCAAUUUUGUUCGUUAUGUUCUGUAAUGUUCAUAUUUCAGGGGUAUGGCUGGCAAAGUUUGAUUCUGGCGAUUCUGUUCUUCACUUGGAUUUUCGCUGUGAUGGUGUUCCUCUCCAACUUGUUCGACAAGGAUGUCGUUGGAACAAUCGGAAAAAUGAAGGUGAGAAUUUUAUUCUGCAAAACUAUGAGCAAGAUGUUAUUUCUUCUCAUCUCUCAAUAACUUUCAGCUGCUCAUCCUCUACGUCAUCUGCCUUGCCUGCCUGAUCAUCUCUGCUUCUCUGGAAUCGUGGUAUAUAUCGCGGUCAGCACACGACGGAAAACAUCCGGACACCGUCUACCAUCCGCGUUUUAUUGCGGUCACUGUGAGUACAUGCCAGAGAACAUGCGCACGAAUCAUUUUCUAAUUUUCAGGUCUUCAAUUGGCUUCUCGUUGUGUCGUACAUUGUGCUCAUAUUAGUCACCUUUUUCUUCGUCUAA